UUAUAUUUCAGUUUCAGAUGGCAUCCCACAUAGAAAAGCCAAGUAUGGAGUUGAAAAGGGAUGCGAAAGAGAGUGUAAAAAUCAAAAUCCCGUCCUCGAAAUCAACUGAGAGUACGGGAUCGGGAUUGGCAUCGGGAUUAAGAUUGGGAACGGAACAACAGCCACAGCUUUCAACUCUUCGCCGUCCUGUCGCAGUGGUCAAGAAAAGAUCGGGUCCAUUAGAAGAUGUACUCGAUCAGCUUGAUCGGUCAACUGAUGCUGCCAAACCGAACCCAGCUGAAGUGACUCAACCGAUUUUAGUAAAUCGAAUCAAGACUCCUGCUCCAAUAACGGCAUCAAUACACCGACGCCGCUGCAGUGCUAAGGACAAAGAUAAAAAACGGGAACGCUGGUUGCUUACUCGAAAAACAUGGCGAUAUAUGACCGAUGCAGGACGAAAGCUCAUUCCAGAUAGUCUGCAAAAUGCUGGGGUAGAUAGUAUUCCCAUCAUUGAGGCACAGUUUCAGCGUGCGUGUGCCUCCGAGCCCCGAUUCAUAUUAUGGCGACGAAAGUCCUCAUUUCCGGGAGCCUAUAAGAGUCCCAAGCGGCGAUUAAAGCUUCUAUCCCGACACACUCGGGCAAGUGGAAGCGGUGUAGGAAUCGGUGGCUUUGGUGGUCAUCCAAACCAAUUAUCAGAUCAAUACGCCAACGCCGAUCAGACUAUUGAAUUAUUGCAGUCGUAUUUAAAAAUCCGUGACGCCUUUAAGACCACCACAUUGCUGGGAUCUAAAACGGUUCGUCCAGAUCAGACUUCUUCGCCCAGCGCACAGCGUCCGAUUUUGAUAAAUUCAAGCAAGUCGAACACGGGUGUUGGAUCAACUCCAGCUAUAUCUGCUGAUUCAGGCUCAACUGCAGAAGCGGAAAUCUUGUCGCGUCUUAAAUUGCUCUCUCAAAACUCUAUGCUGGGAUUGGAUGUGGGAAAGAUAUCAAACGAUAUACUUGAGGAUAAAGUACUUCUUAAAAAAAUUUACAAUUCGCUAAAGAAGCAACAACUGCAUAGGAUGUUACAUUCCACUGAGCCCCCGUCAUCGACAUCAUCUGGAUCCUCAUCAAAAUAUGGCAUAAGCCGGGCUAUCUCACUGUCGAGUCUAAGUAGUUUGGGUUGCUACGAAAGUAACACUAAUAGAAAUAGACCUACCUCCUCCAAAGAUGAAACUAAAACCAAAACCGUCUUUAAUAUGGAUAAAUAUUUAAGGACGAGCCAAAACUUGAAAUCAAUGGAAUCCUUUGAUCUCAAGAAGCGGCUUCGCAAGCCCCCUGAAACACUUGAUAUAAUUUCUAAUAAAAACUUAGGUAUUGGGCUUUCACCACCAUUGCCGAUUCCACUAAGUCCGCAAUCAACAGCACCGACUGCCCAGCCGAGGACAAAGGACAAACGCGAAAGAAGUGUAAACACGUGCGGAACGCAAACAUCGUUCAUCCAGCUCUGUGAAUUAAGGUAUCUUGCUGAACAAUAUGAACUAAUGUUAGAACACUGUAACAGCAAUUCCGCGUCGGCUGCAUCUGAGGAAGAGCCAGAGAAGCAAUCUAACGCCUUUUCCAGUCGACGAAAGAGUUCCAUUGAUAAUGAAGACAUAUCACAGUCGGUUAGCAAUACAAUAAAGCGGUACCUGAGAAUGGCUAGGAAAAAAAGUGUGCAUGACACCGACGCGAAUAGGUUCAAAUCGAUUAACUAUGACAGAAAUUUACGCAACAUUAAGGCAAAGGGUGAAAUAAACCCUCCGGGAAUGGAUUGCGGAACAGAUAAGGCCGUACAGACAUUGGAUGCAUGGCCAGUCAUCGCAUUGGAGUACAUUCGGGGCAAUGAGAACUCAAAGGCUCUUCACAACGCUCAUAUCGAAUGGCAGAGGGCCCUAGAUGAGCGCAUCAGAAAAAAACUGGAGUGGGAAAGGAGUCAUAAGGAAAAAGAAAACGACACGACCGCCGAUAGAAAGGAUGCCUUCUUGUCUAAUUCUAGCUCCAAUCUUAAUUCUCGAUCGACAUGCACGUCGGCUCCCAAUUCGCCCACAAACUACUCAAGGGCCAUAAAAACAUCCACUGCCAGUGGCUUGCUUACCUCCAGUUCUCAAUUUCUUUCCAAUAUUUGGCACGGUCACGGUAAUCCGAACAGCAAUACCGAUACUUCUCACGUACAAGUGCCCAAUGCGCAAAAUGGCAAUGUGAAUAAAUCAAGCUUGAAUGCCCAACAUGAGACAAGCAACAUGCAGAAAUCCAAGUCCCUGUCAAACGUUGGUCAAUUCGUUACAAAGAAAAUUUGGCGAAGCCGGUCAAAGAGCCAAAAUAGACCAAAUAGCUACCAACACCAUGAAUUUGCUACCACACCUUCUCAGAAGUGGUCGCCGUCGGAAAACUAUAUCUGGGUUUCCGAGCACGGCGACAAAUUUCAGAUAAGUGAUACGUCUUUGGAAAAGCUUUCAGAAACAGAAGCUGAAUUAAUCAAAAAUAUUGCAGUAGAAAAAAUUAAAGAACUGAAUAUUGGCGGUAACAUAGAUUUUGAUAGAAAAUCUAAUAAGCGACGUAUUAUUUCUAAGAAAAAAGCGCUAACAACUAGCUUUUUUGACAUCGGGCGAAAGGAUAAAGAGGAACAUAAUAGUCGAGAAUCGUUGUUUGGUACCUCGUUGGAAUCAUGUCUCUCGAGAGACAACAAACCAAGAGGGGAAGGAUUAACGCGUUCGAAGCACUCCCUGCUUCAAUCGGUAUUCCGAGGUGGCGGAAAUGGAUCUGCCAGUGCGAAACUCAGCGAUAACGUACGAUCAUGUGAAAGCUUGCCCACAAAGUCCUUGGAAUUCGGUUGUAAUGACGACUUCACGAACCUAAAGAAACCGACAUCCACGGCAUCCAUGCAAAUGUCCCAGAGUCAGUUCGAUAUGAGGCAUAGUGAAUUGAAUUAUGAAAAAACACUUUACGGUGAAUCCGGCAGACCAUCAUCGUACACCAGUCUCAAUGUACCUGCUUUCAUAUUACAUUGUAUAGAAUAUUUAGAGGAACAUGGACUGCAGAAGGUCGGCAUCUUCCGAGUCAGCACUUCCAAGAAACGUGUGAAACAAUUGCGGGAGGAAUUCGACAGAAGCUGCCAGAUGAGAAUCCCUGAAAAUACAUGCCCACAUGAUGUCGCUACUCUGCUGAAGGAGUUCCUACGAGAUCUUCCGGAGCCGCUUCUUUGUAACCACCUAUACAUAACAUUUUUGGAAACUCAAAGGAUACGAAACCGUCGCUUACAGCUGGAGGGUAUUUCGCAUUUAAUUAAACUAUUACCAAUUCCGCAUAGGGAUACUCUUUUCGUUUUGCUGCGAUUCCUGGCUAAUGUUGCCGCCCAUAGCGAUGAUGUGCAGGACCAAGAGGGCUGCAUCGAGAUGACUGGCAACAAAAUGGACAGUAGUAACCUCUCGACAGUCUUUGCGCCCAAUAUUUUGCGUGGCGCAACUCCAAAUAAUGCCGAAUCAAAAGAGCAAGAGAAUAUGAGUGACGCUAUUAAUGUAAUAAGAACCAUGAUUGAUCACUAUGAAGAAAUCUUUAAAGUUCCAAGUGAUAUUCUCGACUUGGUGUACUCACAUAUGUUGGACACAUGUCCGGAAAAGUUAUACGAUUUAAUAACUAGAAAAACGCACGAUACAGAAUGGGAACUCCAUCAUGUAGAGGAAUCGGUUAUGCAAUGCAGUGAUCAGGCUAGUUCCUCGGAUGAAAUAGUUGAAUCUCCAAAGGACCCAAAGCGGUAUGGAUCGACAUGCUCUAGUAAUAAUAUUGUGAGUGAAAACAUAAUAACUAACAAGGCGUCAUCCCAUGAAGAAACUCUGAAAAAACCCAAUAGCAGGCGGCAGUCAACUCCAAUGUUAUUGGAAAGUUCCAAUGUCUUUACGGCAAGCCUGCAAAUCUCUAAGCCGGAACAAUCACUAAUUGCAACAAAGGGCCGAAAUAUACAGACUCUCACGCCAUCGGAGCCUAAGUUGCCGCCAAGCAUCUCAAAUAUCGGAGGGGCGACCUUAAGUGCUAAGACGGCGGAGUUCGAAAGAAACUCAAUUAGCAUGUCCAAUGGAUCGCCAACCCAGACCCAGCCUGUACCCAUAAGAAAGAAACCUCUUUAUAAACGACAGCAAUUGAUAUCCAGCUCGAGGCGAAAUUGAGUUGAAUGCCAGUAAACUCGUAGUUUAUGUUAAGUAUCUAAAAUAUUAAGUAUUAGCAUAUACAUAUGUAUAUUUACCUUAUUUCUGACUUGAUCCAUUGUAUCGUUGUUGCUCAUUGUUUAUUUAAAUAUGUAA